AUGCAAGAAUCGGAGCCAGACAAACCCAGCACUCGCCAUGAAGACAAGCCUCCCACGGACAACAUCCUUGUAGAUGUAGGCAAGGAAUCGAUCCAUGCUUCUUUAGAUUGGCUUCGUCUUCCAACGGAGAUAUGGGAGCACAUUAUAAGCUACCUCCGCCCAUCUGUGCUCCCUCAAGCUCGUGAGAGCCCCCUUCAUGAAUAUUCGCUGCCCGACGUGACGACGCACAACUCAGACAUUCUUGCACUGGGUUUGACCUGCAAAAGACUCAAGCUCUCGGCCCUGCCAGCACUCAACCGGUGGCUUUUUCUUCAGGGCGAGUUCGACGAUGACUACCCGUAUGGUGCAUUUCUCCCGGCAUUCUUCUUCAGCCGAGACGAAUCGUCUCAACUCAGACAACGCGAACUAGCGGGCUGGAUUCGAGCUCUUCAUAUCGAUGAAACCUUCCGACACUACUUUGAUGACCCGAAGGUCGAAUGCAGAUGUGAUGUUCAUAAUUUGGCCAGUCUCGCUCAUCGUGUGCGCUACCUCUCAAUCGUGGCGACUGAUGCCGAAGAAGAAUUUGGGUAUGGCUACGGGGAUUCAUAUGGUCGCACUUGGAUAAGCCCCACGAACCAUCCGUUUGUCCAUUUUCUCUCAAGGACGACCAGAUGCCGCCCCCUCGGGCUCAAAUGGGCCUAUCGAGGAAACCUAGCGCCCGGGCCCCUGUCGCUGAGGGAAGUGACUUCCUACGCACCUCUUUCCCGACUCACGCACCUUGAACUUGACAACGUUCCAAUGCCUCUGGAAUUCUAUGGUUUCUUGACAGGUGAUCUCAAGGCCACUCGACGUGAUCGUACGAUGCAAGACGCUAUCAAAGCAGGACGAUCACCAUGCUCAACACUCGAGCACCUAGAGUUUUCUGACAGCAGUACAAGCGUGCUGGCUCGUCUAAAAGACUACCUGACCGACCGCAAGGCGUACUGGACACGAAAGUCAAAUAAGUCGGACGGAGAUCCAUGGCAGGUCAUUCAAGAUAUCUUCCUCGCGGCGAUUGGCCUUCUAGCCGCAAAUUCGUGUAGUUUGCCGAAGCUGAAGCUCUUGGUCUUUGGAGUCCAACAGUACGAAAUGCAUCAGCCGUACGACCUAAUCCAGGAGCUAAUCCGAAGAAACGUGCUUGCUCCUCACUCGAGGAAAGAGACAUCCGUUGCCACUGAGGCGCUUUCGACUUUAUUCAGGACAGCCAGCGGCAAUGAUGAUCCUAACAAGUUGCUCUGGGCAGAUAGCAUGGACAUGGGUCUGCAAGAAGCAGGCGACGAAUACGAUGGCUGGAGAUCCUAUCUCGAAGAACACGAUUAUUUCUGGCGGGGACUUCAGGCAGGGAAGCAAAAGCUGCUGGACGUAUGGAAUGCUUCCCGCGAAAAAAAUGGCCUCGAGCCGACGGAGGUCCGCAUAGUUGCAAAGGAAACCCGUGACACUCGAUCCGAGUCUGUCUACGAAGACUUUAUCCGUCAUGCAGAGCGCCACGAUGUACAGCAUACGGGCUUCACUAAAGGUCCCACCAGCACAGGAGAUGAAGGGAAGAAGGCGAUGUAUCGACACGAUCCUUGGGACGAACAGGACGUUUUUUCACUUGUCGAAACCAUGCCUUGGCUUGGAUACUACCGGUUCGACGAGUACGGGUGCUGCUCCUGGUCUGGACGCCUUCCGCGGGACAACAACCCGAACUCGUUUCCCUCCAGCUCGGGCGUGAAGACGUCACGCAUCAUUCUCCCACCAAUCAUCAAGCUCGACACGGGGAAGUCGAAGGACACAGAAAUCCAAGAAAGCCAGGCCGAGUCAUCUCGACGUGCUCGAGACAGUCAAGAGACUGGAGAAAGGGACGUGAAAAGACACCGUGCCAAUUCCAGCAGCACGCAGCAAGCAGGUCCUUCUCACAAUUGA